AUGGCAUCAAGCACACACCAGUUGAAGGAUGCUUCACUUCUGAAGACAUCGUGCUACGUGAACGGCAAAUGGGUCGGCGCAGAGUCUGGCAAAGUUUUUUCUGUUGAAAAUCCCUCGACUCUUGCCGAGGUCGCCAAAUGCCCCGAGUUCGACGAGAAAGACACCGAGGCGUCCAUCUUGAGGGCUCACGAUGCCUUCAAAUCCUAUCGCAAGACACCGGCAAGGGCCAGGGCCCGGUUGCUGAGGAAGUGGUACGACCUGAUGAUGGAGAACGCCGAGGACCUGGCCACGAUCAUCACUCUUGAGAACGGCAAGCCCAUGGCCGACGCAAGGACCGAAGUCGCUUACGCCGCGUCCUUCUUCGAGUGGUUUUCCGAAGAGGCCCCGAGAAUCUACGGCGACACCAUCCAGGCGAGCAACCCCAGCUGUCGUCUCGUGACGCUCAAGGAGCCCAUUGGUGUCUGCGGUCUCAUCGCCCCGUGGAACUUCCCUGCAGCCAUGAUCACCCGCAAAGUCGGUCCGGCGCUGGCUGCAGGCUGCACUGUAGUCGUGAAGGCACCUGCCGAAGCACCCCUGACGGCCUUGGCCCUGGCAGAGCUCGCGCACAGGGCGGGGAUCCCCGCUGGCGUCGUCAACAUCAUCACCGCCCUUGACAACACAGUGUCCGUGGGAAAGGUCCUGACCACGCACCCGGUCAUCAAGAAGGUCUCCUUCACUGGAUCGACCGGUGUUGGAAAGAUCUUGAUGAACCAGUGCUCCUCGACGUUGAAGAAGCUCUCGUUCGAACUCGGCGGGAACGCCCCUUUCAUCGUCUUCGAGGAUGCGGACCUCGACGCAGCUCUCAAAGGCCUGAUCGCAUCAAAGUUCAGGAUCUCAGGCCAGACGUGCGUGUGCGCCAACCGCAUCCUGGUACACAGCAAGGUCUACGAAAAGUUCUCGCAGAUGGUAGUGGACGCCAUCAAGGGCUUCGUGGUUGGCGACGGGUUCGGAGAGGAGACAACCCAUGGUCCCCUGAUUCACGGCCGCGCGGUUUCCAAGGUUGACGAUCACGUCAAGGAUGCCGUAUCCAAGGGCGCUCGCGUGCUGCUGGGUGGCAAGCCCCGGACCGAUCUGGGCCCCAACUUCUUCGACCUCACUGUGUUGGCCGGCAUGAAGCCUGGCAUGAAGAUUUGCUCCGAGGAAACGUUUGGCCCCGUGGCGGCAUUUUUCGCCUUUGACACAGAAGAGGAGGCGGUCGAGCUCGCGAAUGACGCCGAUGUUGGUCUCGCGGGAUAUUUUUUCAGCAAGGAUGUUUCCCGAUGCUGGCGUGUGGCAGAGGCCUUGGAGGUUGGCAUGGUCGGUGUCAAUAUUGGAGCCAUCAGCGACCCAGCUGCACCUUUCGGCGGUGUGAAGCAGAGUGGGUUUGGUAGAGAGGGCAGCAAGUAUGGCAUUGACGAGUUCUUGGUGACGAAGAUGGUUAUGACCGGCAUCGAAUGA